GAUAAAGAAAGUACAAAAUCAAAGGUAGUUAGAAUAUUUGAUACAAGCUAAAGGGUUUCAUUUUAAUUUCAAUCCGAAGCGCAUCUCAUCGUUUACAUCUCUCGCUCUCACUCCGAGCCUUUGGGUUUAUCUCUUCUCUCCAAGUAACUUUUUCCUUUGAAAGUUAUUGUGUUCUUGCACCUGUAUAUUAUGGAGCUAGAAGACGGAAAUAAUAUUACCGACAAUCCUCCAGUAGAGUCUUCUAAUCCUCAAACAUCAGAAAAGAAUGAUAGCAACAAGGAUACAAAUGCUGCUGAAGAGUCUAGUAAACCAGAGUUGAGUGACAAGAAAACUCCACAAUUACUUAAGGCGAAGUCUAAAAUCGUUAAGAAAACUAAGGCUGGCAAGUUGAAGGCUGUGAACAAAGGUUCUCUUCAGAUUGGAGGGAAAAAGAACAAACACGUAGUGGCAAAAGAAAAAGAAAUUCAAAAUGGGAGCACUAGCGGCAAAAGUCCUAUUGGAAAGAGCGAGAAGGCUGAAUAUAAUAAAGAGAAGGAAAUACAAAAAGGGAGCACUAGCGGCAAAAGUCCCAUUGGAAAGAGCGAGAAGGCUGAAAAUAAUAAAGAGAAGGAAAUACAACAAGGGAGCACUAGCGGCAAAAGUCCUAUUGGAAAGAGCGAGAGGGAUGAAAAUAAUAAAGAGGAGGAAAUUCAAAAAGGGAGCACCAGCGGCAAAGGCCAUAAUGUGAAGAGACGCCGGCUUAGAAAAAACACGAUGGUAAAGUUGGAUAAGACUGAACAAACACCGAAGAAUGAAGAGAAUCAUAGAGAGUUAAACAAGGGUGGCCAUAGUAGAAUAAACAAAACAAGACGCGGUGACCAUGAAAAACCUGAGACCAGUGAGAAACAUAGAGAAAAAGUUGGUGGUUUCAUCUUCAUGUGCAAUGCAAAGACAAAACCUGACUGUUUCCACUAUCGUGUCAUGGCUGUUCCAAUUGGUAAAAAAGAGGUUGUUUUACGCAUAAAGCCUGGGAUGAAGCUUUUUCUUUAUGAUUUUGAUCUGAAGCUGUUGUAUGGGGUUUACACAGCAUCAUCUUCUGGUGGUAUGAAACUCGAACCCCGUGCUUUCGGUGGUAACUUUCCCGCUCAGGUGCGGUUCAGUGUUGCCUCUGAUUGUUUCCCGCUACCUGAGAGCAUUUUCAAGAAGGCCAUCAAAGAAAACUAUAAUGACAAGAACAAAUUCAAAACUGAACUUACUGUUAGACAAGUUAGGAGGCUCACGGAGCUUUUCCGACCCGUGGAUGUUCGUUCAGCCAUGCAGCCUGUCCGGUCCCCUCCAAAAGCAAUAAUUCGAGACAGGGAAGUUCAUGAUGGUGUUAGGAGAUCCCGGUCCCAUUUGCAUAGGGAAAUACCUAAUGCACUGUCUCAUGAAAGGGAUCGUCGAAUUGAACGAAGAGAGGAAGCUCCUCCUCGUGAUUUAUUUCUUACCGAAAAGAGUUAUCGUGCUUAUGGUCUCCUAGGUGUUUCUCAAGCAAAUGCUAUACCCGAUCCUUACGAGAGAGAUUAUGAAAGAGAGCGCCACCAUAACUUGGAUCAUCCUAUUUAUAGGAGCGACGAAAGGGAUUAUGAAAGAGAGCGCCACCAUCAAUUGGACCACCCUAUUUACAGGAAAGAUGAUAGGGAUUAUGAAAGAGAGCGCCAUCAUCAUUUGGAGCACCCUAUUUACAGGAAAGACGUCCCUUCACAUGGCGCUGAUCCUCUUCAUUUCAAUGAGGAUGAGCGUCAAACCAAUUAUCGAGGUGUGAUUUCUGAUCAUGCGGAUGACCAUUAUCACACCUAUCGUUAUGGAGCAUCUCCAAGGGAUCCAUAUUUGCCACCUAUGAGUAGAGAGGAAAUACCUUCAAGGUCUUAUUUGGCUGGGGGAAGAACCGAUAACUUGCGAAGGGGAGAUACUGUUGCAGGUAGUAGGCUUUACUCAACCUAUUCUGCUGCUGAUGCUUUGUCUGAAUAUAAUCGGAUGCAGCAUUACCACGGCACAGAGUUGGAGACUACAACUGUGCCAGUUUCAUCUCGAUACUCAUUUGCUGGUCCUUCAUACUCACUCCGUUAAAUUAAACAUGUAGAUUGAACUCCCUUUGUUUAAUGUUUCUUAAGAUUAUCUUUUAUUCUUAAAAUAACUAUGAAUCCUGAAUGCUUUUUCUUAGGCACCUUUGAAUUGAGAAAACAUUUUUGCUAUGUCCUAGAUUUGAUCUGUUAAUGACAAUUCACUAUGCAGACACUGCUAGCUUUAGAACUUUCCAAUUAAUGGCUUAUAGCUAGUUGUCA